UUGGUUGAAUAGAUUCAAUCAUUGGAUUGGAGUUGUUCCUGACUUCUGCGUGUGGUAUAUAUUUCUGCAGAAAUUGUAGCAAUAACAAUAUUGUAGCACUUCAUAAACUAUUUUAACAUGUAAGUGAUGAGUUGUACGGAAAAUGAAAGUGGCCCUUUUGUCAUAUUCUUCGUGCCGGCAGUCGUUGGCUGCUUGACCAUACUCCUGGCCAGGCGUUGGGCAAAUUCGCAAGUGACUGGUAGUUCAUCUACUGCAGUGUCCAGGCGGCGAAAGAUCAUUAAAGAUCCGCUCGUGAAGCGGCCUCUGCCGCCAAUUGCUACAAAGAUGGUGGCACCUGGAUCCAAAAAGAGCUCAGUGACUAAAAAGUCCUCACUCCCAGUUUCUGAAGAAGAUAUGAACAAUACUGGAAAACGCGUUGGGCGAUCUCGUCUUCAGCCAGCGUCUGCGACGGUCGCUUCAGAUAUUAAGUUAGCUGAUGGCCCUAUGCCACCAAAACAUAUUCCAUUCCCAUACAUACCUCAGGAUGGGACAUUGUUGUUUGAAUCCAUGACUUUUGUCUUCACUUUGGUGGCAACAGGAUUGCAGUUCUUGAAUCUGUAUAGGACUGCCUGGUGGCUGCCACAUUCCUAUACUACACAGGCCAUGAAUUUCUACCUUAUAGAUCCUCAUCUUGUGGCAUUUAUUGUGACAAUAAUAUGUCGGAGACUACUGCUGACUGUGUCAUUGGCAGUGUUGAGGUCUUUCCUUGCUCCAAAACUUAUGCCACAUGCCAUUAUAGCAACCAGAAUGUUCAUACUAGGCGUGGUAUUGGGCGCGCUGGCUUGGUGCACAUACUUCAUGGUACUCAAGUUCCCACUUCUGAAAAUAUUCUUUUUGUGCUAUCCCGUGAUAAUAUACUUCCUGCUGUUUGGCUUCCAAUUGGGCCCGUUCCUGGAGCUGAACAACUCUGAGUCUCCUCCGCUGCACUGCUGCAGUCACGAUCCGCAGCAAAUCAAGGCUGAGGUGGAAGUGUUGAGGGAAGACUUCAACUUGAGAGUCAAGAAGAUACUGUUCAACUCCAUCGUUGGGGCAUACUAUUCGAGUUUUAUUCCGUGUUGUUUUGCACAGUCGUACUUGUACUACGACGUGUACUCGUCGUCGCAGCAGACCGCGUUCGUGUGGGGCGGCCUGUUCGGGCGCUUCGCCAGCCAGCUGCUGGGCGCCGCGCACUGCGACCUCGCGCACCGCGCCGCGCUGCAUCUGCGCUCAGACGCGCCGAGCGCCGACGACGCGCAGCACGCCAGGUUCCACGCGGUUUUCAUAAACCCUUCAGUGUUGCUGUGUAUGCUCCUGUGCCUGCAGCUGUCACUCAUAGUGCUUCAACUGUGCCUGUUAUUCAGCUCCAUAGCAUGGCACAACUUCUUAUCGAUAAUAAUACUACUAUUCAUAAACUACUACACCUUAUUUAAAAUGAUGCGUGAUUAUCUAGUCGCGUGGAAAGUGUACAGAGCAGAAUAUAUAAUCCAGGAUAAAAAUGGACCCCUCCCUGGUCUAAACUAAGUUAACGUGUUUUUUUUUUAAGUGAAAGUCCCCGCGCACAAAAUUUCCCGCGUCUCAAUGAAGUGUUGAAGGGUCUAGUCGGAAACCCUUUGGAACGUUCUAGAUUGGUUGGUUUUUUAUUUGUGAAACUGUCUUUGGAACGUUCUAGAUUGGUUGGUUUUUUAUUUGUGAAACUGUCUAUUAAUUGGUUGUAACUUUUUCAUAUUUUUUUUCGUAAUCAUCUUUGUAUGAAUUUGGGGGUACUAUAAGUCUGCCCAAGCUGGUCCAGUAUGUUAUCUUGUUGGUUCUACCUCAAUAACACAUUACAUUAUAUGAAAUUAUGUGUAUUUUUAUAAUUACUUUCAUAUUGUACAAGGAUUGAUUGCUUAUUUAUGGUGUGCAUUGCAAUGUUGUUUCGUGAUUCAAAUCCUGUUCAUAUUUUAAGAGAUUUCAAUAUUUUUAGUAUAUAGAAGGUACCAAAUAAUACCCCAAUAGUAAAAUUCAUUAAAAUCGUACCCUUUCGUCUCGUUCCAUGUCAAAUAUUUUUGUUUAAAGUAUGUUUUCAUGUUUUCAUGAAUAAAAGGUAUACUUAGUUCCUCCAGAUAACACUAAAUUUGGUGCGAGAUAAGUAAAAUAGAAAACGUAAGUUGCCCCCCCCCUUCUUCUUUGAACACAGAGUGAGACAAUUGAAAAUAAUAUAAUCAUAUUAAUGUUGUACUUAAAGUUGUUUAGGAAUCGCGCUUAUAUAUUUUUAAGGAUUCGAACAAACAUGCUCAUUUUGUUGCGAAUACCGUUAUAUGUGAAAUUGUAUAAGACUGACGUUAACUAAAGUAAGCCAUUUGUUCCAACAAUCCUGUUCUGUAAGUAAAGUAUAUCACACUCAAUUAUGUAGGUGGAAAGUUGUUAUAUGUAACUGUGCAUCAACUGUUGAAAACUUGAACAAUUCAAUUAUAUCAUUUACUUGCCCUA